CGGCGGAGGCAAAGUGAAAGAGCAAAGGGAAGAGGGGGGAAGUAGGAAUGCAGUGAAGGCGGGGUUUGGAGAAAGCAGUUGAUAGAUGGGGUAGGGUAUUUAAACCUUUUCACGAACACUUCGUCUUCUAUGUUGAUGGCAAGGUAAUUAGGAGAGUGAAUCCAGGGUGAUUUCACCUUAUUUUGAGUAGAAGCAGCUGUAAUGGAAGAAGAAGAACGGCAUUCAGAUUUAUUCUUGGAAUUCGCUUUCAGGAAUGAUGGGUUGAAGAAGAAGAAAGGGAAUGAUUCUCAGAGCGGUGGUGCUGUGUUUUUGUCGUCCAUCCAUCCUGUAAAGAAAGCAAACGCACGGUCCAAUCUCCCUAUGAUUGAUUUGCAGAGUCAGAAUUCCAGGGGAAUUUCGCCUUAUUUCCAGAAAAAGAAAACCCUAGAAUGCAAUUCCAAUAGGAUUAUCUCUCCCUAUUUUCAGAAGGCACUCAAGGAAGAAGAGGACAGGGAUUCAGAGGCGCCGUUGGAGAGCGAAUCAAGGGGGAUUUCCCUUUAUUUUCAGAAGAAGAGAAGGAUGGUAUCCGAUUCCAUUGCCUACUCCGGUUCAGAUUCCAAUUCCCAGCGGUUAAUCUCUCCGUAUUUCCAGAAGGCAGUGAAGCAAGAAGAAAGGUAUUCAGAGGAGCACUGCAAUUUCCCUAAUGAGACUGAUAACAAGAAGAAGAAGAAGAAGAAAAGGAAGAGGAAAGGGAAUGAUACAUUUGAAAGCUUAAAAGAAGAAAGGAAAAUAAACAUUCAAAAUGUUAAAAUGGAUGAUCAAAAGAUGGGGGUUGAGCUACCCGUUUUCAAUUCCAAUUCUAGUUCCCAAAGGAAAGUCUCUCCCUUUUGUCAAAAGGCAGUAAAGGAAGAAGAGGAGAUGAAUUUAGAGGCCCAGGUGGACAGCAAACCAACUGUGGUUUCCCCUUAUUUUGAGAAGAAGAAAAGGGCGGUAUCAGAUUCCGUUGCCAACUCCAGUUCAGAUUCCAACUCCCAACGGUUAGUCUCUCCCUAUUUCCAAAAGGCAGUGAAGCAACAAGAAAGAAAUCCAGAGGAGCACUGCAAUUUUUCUAAUAAGAUUGAGAGGAGGAAGACAAAGAAAAGGAAGAGAAAGGGAAAUGAUACCGUUGAAAGCUUUAAAGAACAAAAAAAGAAAAUAAACGUUCAAAAUGUCAGGGUGGAGGAUCAGAAGAUGGAAGUACAGCAACCCAUUUCCAGCUCCAAUUUCAAUUCCCAAAAGAAAGUCUCUCCCUAUUGUCAAAGGGCAGUAAAGGAAGAGGAGGAGGGGAAUUCAGAGGAAGAGACAAAGAAAGGGCAUGAGAAUGAAGAAAGCUUCAAAGAAGAAGGAAAGAGGAAAACAAAUGCUCAGAAUGUUACUAUGGAAGAUGAGAAAAUGAAAUUGCCAAAAAAGAAGAGUCGGGCACGACCGAUUAGAGUAGUAUCCCCAUACUUCCCCAUAAAUGAAGAAGAUGCUAAGAAACCGGUUCGAGCUAUGUCUUUUAAUAAGCUAAAUGUGGCUUACAGAAGAAAAAGUCCUGAUAAUAAUUGGAAGCCUCCACCCUCCCAUUUCCAUCUCCUUCAAGAAGAUCAUUACCAUGAUCCUUGGAGGGUCAUGGUCAUAUGCAUGCUCCUUAACUGCACUUCUGGUCUCCAGGCAAGUAGAGUAAUUUCCGAUCUCUUCACUCUCUGUCCUGAUGCAAAGACUGCUACAGAUGUUCCCACCAAGAUGAUAGAAAAGGUUAUAGAGACUCUAGGUUUACAAAAGAAGAGGGCAGCAAUGAUACAACGUCUCUCUCGGGAAUAUUUGGACGAUAGCUGGACACACGUGACCCAAUUGCAUGGUAUUGGCAAAUACGCAGCAGAUGCAUAUGCAAUAUUCUGUUCAGGAGAUUGGGGCCUGGUGGUACCCAACGAUCACAUGCUGGUGAAAUACUGGAAAUACCUUUAUCAAGUUAUUACUCCCUCUGGAUCUCAGAAACAAUGAGAAAAAAAAGUAGGAUAGAAAAUCAUUUUGUAAGGAAAAGAAAACAGGAAGGAAAAUGGCUUAUUUUUGUUUAAGAGGGCUUUUCGUGCCAGGUUCGAGAUCCAUACACAACAUUUCAGUGACUUUCUCCUUUUGUAGGGCUUCAUUUGAUUAUUAAUCAUUUCACGGGUUGUAAAUUUACUUAAACUGAAUGUAGUAAGCUGCAUCCUUAGGCAAAAAUUUUACAUGUAAAUAUCAUAAGGCUAUAUUGCCUUAUUUUUUGCUUAUUUAACUGUAAAUAUUAGCAUGUGCCUUUUUUCCCAGGUCA